AUGUAUGGAAUAUCAAAAAAACCCCAAAACUAACAAAACCUUCAUCUUAAUCUAGUUCUUUUAUUUUAUGCUCUAAAAACAAGUUUGAUCUUACUAACUCCUAAAAAAAUUUGCUCUUUAUCAAAAAAUCUUCCUUUUUCUCUAUUAUAAACUAAACCAUCUUAUUCCUCAUUCAACCACCAAUCAACCGCACUCUUAAAAAUUAUUUAUUUUGACUGA